UUUUUUUUUUUUUUUGAGGUGAAUCGUGAACCAAAGGGGCGAAGUAAACUUGCAAAGCACAACAUUGGGGGAAAAAAAAAAAAAAUAAAAGGAUUUUUCGUGCGUGAAUAUCACGUCGAUUCACAAUUUUCGUGUGUCGAUUGAUUUUCUUGUUUAUUGGUUAAAGUGUAAUUGGGAAAAUCACUUGAAUAUAAUUCGUUGUAGGAAAACACGCAGCUCUUCAAGGGCGCGUUGUCGAUUAUUGUUACGAACGAAAACUUUGAGAAAAUGGCCGACAAUUGGGCACAAAAUCUACAGAGUACAGUUUGCCGGUAUUUCAAAAAUGGAAUAUGUCGCGAGGGUAGUCAAUGCAGAUAUCGACAUGUACAGGGAAGUCAAAACAGUUUAAAUAGUAGCAGCAAUUCAGAAGUUGUUUAUCUUCCAUCGACGACUGCUUGUCGUUAUUUCAAAAAUGGAACAUGCAAAUACGGUACACGAUGUCGGUAUAGUCAUAAUUCCAAUCAUUCCACUAACACAGAGACUGCAGAACCUCGAACUUCAAACAGUUCCUCGACAUCAGACUCAGAAAGAAUGAGCGAUGGAAUAGUCGCGGGCGAAGACUGGGCAAAUGCACCAGAAUUCGUGCCAUCAUCAAUCCCAUCAACUGCCUCAGCAUCAUUUAGUGCCCAAUUACCAGGAGUAUCAUUAAUUGGAAAUGUAACAUCCGCAGUUUCCUAUGCUCAAGUGGUAAAUCCAUCAUCUGGGCAAACCUCAAUAUCCGCGAGUGAUCCACUUUGUCCUUACGCAGAAGCUGGUAAUAUUUGCAAAAAACUCAACUGCCCUUAUCUUCAUGGAGAUAUUUGCGAAUUGUGCGGUUGUGCUGCACUCCAUCCAUUAAACGAAGAAAGUCGAAAGAAGCAUACAAAUGCUUGUGUCAAACAACACGAGGUAGACAUGGAAAUAUCGUUUGCAAUAGCGCGCAGUCGAGAUAAAUCUUGUGGUGUAUGCUUCGAGACAAUUAUGGAGAAAUCAACACGGGAACAAAGGUUUGGAAUUUUGCCAAAUUGUAAUCAUUGUUUUUGCUUGACAUGCAUCAGAAAAUGGAGACAAGCAAAACAAUUUGAUAAUAAAAUAAUCAGAGCCUGUCCCGAAUGUCGAAUUCCAUCAGAUUUUGUUUGUCCAAGUAUGUAUUGGGUGGAUACAAAAGAAGAAAAGGAUAAAUUAAUCACAGAUUACAAGGAUGCCUUAAGUACCAAAGAUUGUAAGUAUUUCAAAAAAGGCCGAGGUAAAUGUCCCUUUGGAAAUAAAUGUUUUUACCUUCACGCUUUGCCCGAUGGCACAAAAACCGAUGUUGGACCACCGGUUAGACAGCGCCGCAAUGCCGACUCAGACAUUGACAUUUUUCAUCAAUUACUAUUGUGGGAUUUUUUGGACGAGAGAGGAAAUCGUUGGAUGUACAGCUUUGACGAUUUCGAUGACAUCAUCAACAACAUCUCCGAUUCGGAAUCUGACGAAUGGUCAGAAUAUGAAGUACAUGUCGUCUAGUCGUUUACUUGGCGAGAUAAAAAAAAAAAAAAGAAAACAAAACAAAAAAAGAACGUGUCACCCUAUACUCAUUCGAUUGAGUUGCAUAUGGUUUAGCCAUUGUCGAAAUUAUUUCGAAUAAUGACAGUGACGCUUUGCAAAGUGGCAGUCCUUUUCCAAUUGCCGGGAAACCAUCCAGUAAAAAAGAGAAAAAAAAAACCGCAAAAAAAAAAUCAAUCAAGCGUUUUGUCGUUAUACACGAGUGAAUGAUUUUUCCUAGAGUAUAAAUAGGGUUUAGGCGAAUUCGGUGGAAGUCUCUGUAAUCGUUCGCUUCUAUGUCUAAUAUACUUAGGGGGAUAAAUUAAGCUACAUGAUAAGAACGCUUGAAUUUCUGGGAUUAAAAAAUUGCGGUUCGAUUAAAAAACAAAAUACUGGUGGAAUACGGCCUCUUUUUUCGUUUAGCUUCAAAUUUUUUCAUCCGAUUAGAAACUUAAGCUUUCUGUUCGGUCAUCAAAAAAAAAAAAAAAGAAAAAAAAAAGUGGUCCAAAUUAUAAACAAUUACGGUACAACUCGCAUUUAGAAAAGACAGUGAUUCAAUUCCCACUUGGUUCCUCUAGUUUGUAGGUUUAAAAAAAAAAAAAACUCAUUAAUUUAUUUUUCUUAAAUGUUUUCUCGUAUGUCAAAUCACAUCAUGUAUUUAAUCACUAAAAUUUAUGAGAUAAAAAAAAAUGUAUCUAAGUCGAAUGAGAACAAAGAUUUGACGUUUUUCUGUAACUGAAUCACUUUUUUAAUUAUUAGAGAGAAAAAUUAAAAUUAUUUGCAGUGUUUAUGUUACGGCAUUAUUUAUCUUAAGAGAAAAGUCGCAACCGGGUGACAAAAAAAAAAAAAUAAAUAAAUAAAAACGUGUUUUAAUUUGGCAUUUAUCCAAGAUUUUCGUUGAUCGAAUUUGUGAAUUUAAAAGAAGAAGAAAAAAACAUUUCUCUUCUUUGCCAUAGGUGCUAAGAAACUUGGUUGCGACUCUGAAAGCAGCUAUAUAGAAUAUAGAACUAAGAAUAGCUUACGAGAUAAUAUAGUUUGCUUUUUACUCUUUUUCUCAAAUCUAUUAGGCGUCAAUUAAACACUUAAGAAAAAAAAAAAAACACGAUCCAAAAAGAAUGAAUUGAAUUUUCUGCUAUUUAAUUUUGAAAUUUUAGGAAAAAUUUGUCAUGUCGGAAAGUUCAUCUCUUUUUUGGAUUGAUCUAUUAUAUAGAAAAUGAGAUAAAGAAUGUGUGAUCUGGCAGUCGUAUUUGUGCGUUUUUUUUUAUAUAUAUAUAUAUUUUUUUUUUCAUUUCGAAAAACAAAUGUUAAAUUAUAGUAGAUUAUCGACGAUUGUUGAUAGCAACUAUAUUUGCUUUAAAUAUGACUGCACUGUGAAAUUAUUCUAGAUAGAUUAUUCUACCUUUUAAUAUUGAUAUAUAUAUAUAUAUAAUUACUAAAUUUCAUUUAUUCAACCUUAACAAUUUUUUUUAAGAGCUCAAGACAAUUUUCGUAAAAAAAAAAAAAAAUUUUCGACACCGCUAGAGAAAAAUAUUGUUCGGCCUCGUUUCAAGUUUUAUCGUUGACAUUGUUGUUGUUAUUGUUGCUAUACUACAAGCCGUUAUUGUUGCUGAUUCAUGAAAAAAAAAAAUCUUGAUUUUAUUUUCUAUUUUGUUUUUUUGAAAUAAGGUCAAAAUUUUCACGAGGUGUAUGUUUUUUUUUUGCUAAUAUUGAGCUGUCUUUAAAUUAGCGAUUUCAAAGAUUAUAUUUAUAUAUAUGUAUUUUCAAUUCGAUCUUCUCUUUUAUGAAAGUAAAAAAAAAUUUUCAAUUGAAAAAAACAGGAUACAAUUUUUCAAAUCAAACCAUUUUUUUUCAAUUCGAUUUAACUCUCACACUAAAAGUAAUUCACUCACAUUCAAAAACAAUAUUCAUUUUGAUAAAAAAAAUAUUCACUAGUUCGAGAAAAUAUUUCAUUCAAUAUUCAAAAAAAUUCAAAAAGCGAAAUGUUUAGAGCGAAACUUUUUUUUUUUUGUAGAUUUAGAUUCAUUGCUGGAUAUUGUUAGUAAUUGCGACUUCCAUAUUCAUAAAUAAAAAGAAUUCUAACAGACUUUGAAAUUUUGUCGUAACGCGCCCACCAGGUAUUAUAUACUAAUUUCCAGAUUUUCAUGUCCACAGAGACUAGAGAAAAAAAAGAAAUUAAAAAAAAAAAAAAAAAGCACUUCUCUACACCGUCAAGUCCCAAGCGGCUUUCGCUUGCCUGUAUUUCAAAUAAUUAUUUAACUUUUUCUGUACCAAUUCUUUAUGAUAAUAUAUAUUUUUGUUAUUGGAAAAGUAGAAUAUAGUAAUAAAAUUAGUUAAUAUACAGGCCACGCGUUAUUGUCACUUCAGGACCUGCGAUUUAUUUCCGUGUUUUAUUUUAUAUAUAACUUGUAUUAAUUAGUAUUAUUUAGUUAAUUUUUCAUUUUAUAAAAAGAAAAAAAGCAUAUUUUUUUUUCUUUUUUGAAGUUUUUGUAAUUUUAGAAAAAUUGAAAUUUUCAAUAGGAUCAAUAAAGAUGAUAUGAUAUCAAAAUA